GAGCAUCUGCUGCUGUUGUAGGCCAGGAUAACCAGCAGAGAGGGGCUUCCCCUAGCCUCAUGCCAAACAGUCAUCUGUGAGUUUUAACUCGGACCAGUCCUGUCAGCAGGUCACUCCAGCAGGCUCACGGGUCAGUUUAAUCAGGUUUCACCGGAACACACAGGAAUCGGUUACAGUUACAAGGACGGUAGUAAAUAAAUUAAAGAUGCCCACAAAAAAGAAAAAAACAAGACAAAGCACAGAGGAAGAAACCAAAGAUGUGGAUGACGAAGGCGAGGACUCAGAGGAUCAGGAACCAAAGCCCAAAAAGAAAGGUAAGCAGGUUAGUGAGUCAGAUGAAGCUGGGAGAUUGAAGAAGAAGAAGAAGAAGAAGAAGUUGAAAGACAGCGAUGAAGAAGGAUACAAUUCUGACACAUCAGGGCCUGAUGUGAGGAGCACUGGGAAAAAGGGGAAAAAUAAAGAAAAGGUCAAGAAGAAAAGGAAGAAAAGCAAAGAGGAGAGCGAGGAUGAGUUGAGCAACGACUCACAGAAUACUGAUAAUGAGGAUAACAACAGUGACUCCAGGAGUAAAAAGAAAAAACUUCCUGAUGUGAUUGAGACCACUAAGACAGGAUCAAAGAAGUCCACAGUCAAAGACAAGAUGGGAAAGGAUAAAAAAGACAAAAAAUCCAAGAGGGACUCAGACGAUGAAAGUGAUGAAGAUGAAGGGAAAAAGACAAAGAAAAACAAGAAGAAAGGUUCAGUGAGGGAUGAUAGUGAUGAAGACACCAAGAAGACAAAAGGCAAGAAGAAGAAGGUCGAAAAUUAUGUCGCGAUCUAUGAGAAUGAGCUUCGCAACUACGAGCCAGAAAUGGUGGAGAACUACGAGGAUGAGUACCACAAAAAGAAAGUGUACGAGGUGGUGACCAUCACUGGUGAUGAGAGAGGAGCAGGCACUGACGCCAACGUGUUUAUCUCUCUGUUUGGAGACUAUGGCAUCACUCCCAAAGUCCACCUGGCUAGCAACACAGAAAAGAGGAGUCGCACGGCAUUCGAAAGGGCCAAAACCGAUGUGUUCAGAAUUAGAACUCACAAUGUUGGAUCUAUAAAAAAGAUAAGGAUUGAGCAUGACAACACGGGAAUGAACGCCAGCUGGUUUCUGGACAGAGUGGUGGUGACAGAUGUGAUCAGGCCUCACCUGAGGUUCUACUUUUCUUGUAACAACUGGCUCAGUAAAGUAGAGGGAGAUGGCCUUUUUGUCAGAGACCUGCUGGGUACCAUGGAUCCCAUGGAAAUGCCCAAAUAUAAUAAGUAUGUAGUGAGUGUUUUCACUGCGGAUGUAAAAGGCAGUGGAACAGAUGCAGACGUCUUCAUCAAUAUCUUUGGGGAGUUUGGAGACACAGGUGAAAGGCGACUUGACAAUGAAAAAGAUAACUUUGAAAAGGGCACAGAGGACAAGUUCACCUUUGAAGCACCAAACUUGGGCAAAGUGAGGAAGAUCACCAUUGGCCAUAAUAACAAAGGCUCUUCAGCAGGAUGGUUUGUGGACAAGGUGAUUGUGGAUGAUCUGGGAAACAAAACACUGUAUGAAUUUCCAAUUGAACGUUGGUUUGCCACUGAUGAGGAUGAUGGGAAGAUCCAAAGAGACAUCCUGGUGGGUGGGAGCCAGCCCACAGGUAUUGUAUACAACGUCCAGAUUGUGACAGGAAACAUCCGAGGUGCUGGGACCAACUCCAAGAUCCAUGUUGUGAUGCAUGGCUCAAAAGGCAUGAAGAACAGUGGCAAGGUGUUUUUGGUGGGAGGAAAAUUUGAGCGGGGCCUGACAGACAUCUUUAAUGUUGAGAUUUCUGCACUCCUUAGUCCCCUCAGCAGAGUCACCAUCGGACACGACAAUGACGGAGUCAGUUCUGGGUGGUACUGCGAUAAGGUGGUGGUGUACUGUCCAUUCACAGGGAUAGAGCAGACCUUCCCAUGUUGUAAAUGGCUGGAUGAGAAGGAGGGAGACGGGCUGAUAGAGAGAGAUCUCUAUGAGAUGGUUUCACUCAGGCAGAAGAGACAGAAGAAGCACCCCUGGUCCUUGUGGAUCUGGACGUCAGACCUGCCCAGUGCAGGAACCGAUGCAGAUAUCUCCUUCCAGGUUUAUGGAGAUAAGGGCAAGAGUGAUGAGAUCAGACUGGACAACAAAACAGAUAAUUUUGAACAGGGACAGAUAGACAGGUUUAUGGUUGAGCUGCCUGAUUUGGGGAAAUUGAACAAACUGCGUAUUUGGCAUGAGAAGAGACAUCCGUUUGCAGGAUGGCAUCUCAGUAAGGCAACUAUCAUGAAGACAUUAACAAAGGAAAAGUACACGUUUGUUUGUGAGCGCUGGCUGGACACAAAUGAAGAUGAUAACGAGGUUGUUAGGGAGCUCCCUGCCAGUGGAGAUCUAAUCUCUGACCCGCUGGCCAUCAUCAAAUACAGAGUGACAGUAUGCACGGGUACGAUCGGCGGCAGCGGUACAGAUGCAUCUGUUUUUCUCAAUCUGAUUGGAGACAGUGGGGACAGCGGAGAUCGUUGGCUGGUCAACUGCAAAAACAACGUCAACAAGUUUGAGAAAGCAAAUAUGGAUGAGUUCAUAAUUGAGGCAGUAAACCUUGGGCAGAUCCGCAGGGUGAGAAUUGGACAUGAUGGCAAAGGUGGAGGCUGUGGCUGGUUUCUUGAUAAAGUGAUUGUAAGAGAGGAGGGACAGGCGGAGGCCCAAGCCAUAGAGUUCCCUUGCAACAGGUGGCUAGACCGCAACGAAGAUGAUGGACAAAUUGUUAGAGAGCUGGUGCCAUUUUCAGAUGGACAGCGUCUUUACAACACUAACUAUCACAUCGCAGUGAAGACAGGUAACAUUCCUGGAGGAAGCUCAGACUCCAAUGUGUUUGUCAAGCUCUACGGAGAGAAAAACGACACCUGUAAGACGAUGCUGCUGGUCUCUGCCAACAACCUGGGGAACUACUUUGAAUCGGGUCGCAUUGACAUCUUCACAGUGGAAACCUAUGAUAUUGGACAGAUUAACCGCAUGAUGAUUGGCCACACUAAUAUAGGCAUGCGUGCUGGCUGGUUCUUAGACAGCGUUCAGAUUAUGGUUCCAGUCCAUGGAAAACAUUACAUGUUCCCCUGUCACCGCUGGCUGGAUGAGGAUGAGGCUGACGGCAAGACACAGGUGGAGAUUUACCCAAGCGAGAUCCUGGACAUUGACCAACUGAUAAACUAUGAGGUAACAGUAGUGACUGGAGAUGUGACAUAUGCUGGCACCAACGCCAGAGUGUUCAUCCAGAUGUAUGGGGAGAAGGGGAAGUCGGAGAUAAUCACGCUUGAAAGCAGAUCCAACAACUAUGAGAGGAAUGCCACAGAAAUAUACAGGAUAGAGGCCAAAGAAUUGGGGAAGAUCCACAAGAUCCGAAUCGGUCAUGAUGGCUCAGGGAUCGGAUCCGGGUGGUUCCUGGAGACAGUGGAUGUCAAACAUAUAAUUAUGGCCAUGGCGCCCAAGGAGAAGAAAAAGGAGGACAAGAAAAAGAAGAAGAAAAAGAAGAAAGAUGAGGACGACGAGGACGAUGGAGAGGAGAUGAAGGAAGUGGUGGUGACUUACCAUUUCCCCUGUUCGCGCUGGCUGGCCUCGGGAGAGGAGGAUGGCGAGCUAGUGGUGGAGCUUCUGCCUGAGGAUGCAGAAGAUCUGGAAAUCAACACCUAUGAAGUGUGUGUCUUCACUGGUAACACGAUGGGUGCCGGGACAGACGCCAACGUAUUCAUUAAUAUUUAUGGUGAAAAAGGAGACACCGGAGAGCGCUAUUUGAAGAACUCUGACAAUCUCAACAAAUUUGAGCGUGGCCAGGAGGAUGUUUUCACUGUGGCAGCUGUUGAACUGGGUCCUCUGAAGAAGCUACGAAUCCGUCAUGACAACACAAACUCUAAUUCAGCUUGGUACCUCGAUCGUGUUGAGAUAGUGGACACAAAGGAUGAUACCACCUACUAUUUCCCUUGUAAGCGCUGGCUGGCAGUCGAUGAGGAUGACGGACAGAUCGCAAGAGAGCUGGUUCCUGUGGAUGAGGCCUUCAUGACCAAUGAUGAGGAGGAGGGCUCAGCAACUCUGGGACUCGAGCAGAAAUCCAUGUCUACUACAUACACUCUCAAAGUAAAAACUGGAGACAAGGAGUAUGCUGGAACUGAUGCCAAUGUCUUUGCCAUCUUAUUUGGUGAAAAUGACGACACAGGGAUCAUCAACCUAAAGGCUUGCAAGAACUAUAAAAAUAAGUUUGAACAGGGGAUGAUCAAUGAGUUCAUUGUGGAGGCGGUGGACCUGGGUGACCUGGAAAAGCUUCGAAUUGGACACGACAGCUCAGGGGGUUCAUCUGGUUGGUUCUUGGACUGGGUCGAGGUUGACGCCUCCUCACAGGGUCAGAGGCUCCGCUUCCCAUGUGGCCGCUGGCUGGAUAAAGCAGAAGAUGAUGGUGUGACUGUGAGGGAUCUCUAUCCUGCUGAAUUACAGACUGAAUUCUACAUGCCAUUUGUGCCUUAUGAAAUAAAGGUAUACACCAGUGAUUUGUUUGGUGCGGGAACAGACGCUGAUGUGUUCAUAGCCUUGUAUGGACGAAAGGGAGUGUGCACACAGCAGAAAUACCUGUGCGUCAAUGAAAGAGAGAGGCGCCUGUACUUUGAGAGGGGGGCUGAGGACAUGUUUAUUGUGGAGCUGGAGGACAUUGGUGACGUUCUAGAGAAAAUCAGGAUAGGACACGAUAACAAAGGCAUGAAUCCAGGAUGGCACCUCGACAGAGUGGAGAUCAGACGACAGCUCAGAAAAGGAAAGGGUUCAGAGACGACCAUUUUCCCAUGCGAGUGUUGGCUAGCCAGGUCUGAAGAUGAUGGGGAGACUGUGAGAGAGCUGGUCCCCUCGGACAUCAUCACCAAGAAACUCCUCAGGGAUGGGAAGCUGAAAGUAACUGAAACAGAGGUGGAGGACCCCUUGGAAACUCACACAUACAAGGUGUCAGUACGGACAGGUGAUAUGUAUGGAGCGGGAACUGAUGCCAACGUUUUUCUCACCAUCUGUGGAGACCUGGGAGACACAGGAGAACGCAAACUCGCCAGAUCUGAGACCAACAAGAACAAGUUUGAGAGAGGAAUGGUGGACAAGUUCACUAUUCAGGCUGUGGACUUGGGCCAAGUGUAUAAGAUUCGUAUUCGUCAUGACAACACCAACAUAGCAGCCGAUUGGUACCUGGAUCAGGUGGAAGUGCUGGAUGAGGACUCAGAAGAGGUGUACAUGUUCCUGUGUGAGCGCUGGCUGUCGACGAAGAAAGAGGACAAACGCAUAGAGCGAACCUUCUUUGUCAAGGGGUAUGAAGGUGAAAGAAACACUGAUCCCAAUUCCAAGAAGAUGGCUCAGGCCAAACUGGGGCUGGACAGAAAUGCCAACAAGAAGAAAAAGAAGAAAAAAGCAGCAGUGGUAGAGGAGGGUCCAAUCAUUCCCUAUCACUUCACCUUGUCCACGGGGGUAGAACGUGAUUCCGCAACUACAGCCAGGGUCUAUAUCAUCAUCAUCGGACCCAAUGAUGUGGAGACAGACAGACUGUGGCUGGACCUGCCACCGGGAAAGCAAUCCUUCGCAGCUGGCACCAUGGAGCACUUUGUGUCUUACGGGACUGACGUAGGAGAGAUCAAGAGGGUGGAACUUGGCCAUAACGGUGUCACACCAGAGAGCUGCUGGUUGGUGGAUGAGCUGGCGGUUGCCGUGCCAACCAAAGGUAUCAAGUACAUCUUUCCAUGUAAGUGCUGGCUGGCUAAAGACAGGGGAGAUGGUCUGACUGCCAGACUGUUCAAUGUGCUGGACUCUAACACGAUCAACAUUAUACGCAAAGUUGUUUAUUCAGCAACAGUUGUCACAGGUGACACUCAGUAUGCAGGAACUGAUACUAAUAUUUACAUGAUGGUUUAUGGAGUCAAUGGGACCACAGAGGAAAUGCUGCUGCCCAAAAAUGAGGACAGGUUCGAAAGAGGCCAAGAAGACACAUUCACUCUGGAGAUAGAUGAUAUUGCUCCUCUGAAGAAGAUCAGAAUUUGGAUUGAUGGCACUGGAAGUCGACCUGACUGGUUUCUUGACAGGAUCCUGAUGCGAAACCUGACCACAGACGAGGAGUAUCUGUUUACCUAUGAGGACUGGCUGUCAAAGACAAGGGGGCCAAAGAGGGUCAAAGUGUGUGAACUGGCAGCUGUGGUAGAUGACGAAGAGAUGGUGGAGAAGACAUCCUACACAAUCACAGUCCAGACUAGUGAUAUCAGCAAUGCCGGCACUGAUGCCAAUGUGUUUUUGAUGGUGUUUGGAGAAUUUGGAGACACCGGGACGCUGCCUCUGAAGGAGAGCUCCAACAGGAAUAAGUUUGAGCGUAAAAUGAAAGACGUGUUCAGAUUUCCUGACUUGCUCAGUCUCGGCGAACUGUCCAAAGUCCGAGUGUGGCACGAUAACAAAGGCCCUGCUCCUGGUUGGCACCUGGAGUACAUUGAUGUGAAAGAUGAGACCAUGGACGAGGUCUUUAGGUUCCCCUGUGACCGCUGGUUGGCUAAAAAUGAAGCUGAUGGGCAGAUUAUGAGAGAGCUGGCCUGUGCCAACAACGACUCUGUGGACCUGAGUGACAAAACCAAAUAUGAAAUUGCCACAACAACUGCAAACACAGAUGAUGCAUCCACCACUGAAAACGUCUGGAUAGUGUUAGAAGGAAGGAAAGCUCGUUCCAAGGAGUUUGUUCUGGAGAAUAAGAAAAAGAAGUUCUUAUGCGGUGCCACGGACAGGUUUGAGUUCUCGUCCAAGCACGUGGGGGAGAUUGCCGGCAUCUGCGUUGGCCACAUAUCCAAAGACGGAAAGAAGGUGAAGAACGAAACUUACUGGCACGUUAUGGAGGUGGUGGUGACUGAGAUGGAGCUGGGAAACAAGUUUUUCUUCCACUGUGAUGCACAAAUCCCCCUGGCAGCCAAAAAGGACCAAUUCCUGACAUUUGAGUGCUUCAAAUCUGUCGAGAGUUUCGCAAGCAAAGUCCGCAACCUGGUCCCCGUCAAGUAUGAAAUCAUUGUCAUUACCGGGGAUGUCAGCGGGGCUGGCACAGAUGCCAAUGUUUUCAUCACCCUUUAUGGUGUCAACGGCGACUCAGGCAAGCGUCAACUGCGACAGAAGUUCCGCAACCUUUUUGAACGAGGGCGAACGGACCGCUUUCUUGUGGAGAUGCUGGACCUUGGGGAGCUAUUGAGGGUCAAAGUAGAGCACGACGGUACUAGCUCCAGCUGUGGGUGGUUUUUAGAGUGUGUUGAAAUCACCAAUACAGCCAACUCAGUGACCACCAUUUUCCCGUGUGGAAAGUGGCUUGACGCCUAUAAGGCCGACAGGCAGACUCAUCGAGUGCUCUACCCGAGAUAUUAAGGAGGACGCAUGAAACAAAUGGAGUGGAUGAGCAUUCCUUUAGAGCCUUUUUGGUCAGUCGUUUUUUUAAUGAAUGUUAGACAAGUUUUGUGAGGAAAAGUGUUGAAUUAACAGAUCUGAAUGUAACUUUUAUGUAACGUAACACAAGCGUUUUUUUUUUAUUUUGUGCCAACUAUUUAGGUUGCUCUGUGUCUCACUUCAGAAAAAGCCAUUUACUACCAUCUUUUCUUGUACAAUUUGCAAAAUAAACAGACCUGAAUUUUACCCAAAGCAGAUCACCCAUCACAAUAAACAUUCAGUCUUAACUUGUUCUCUCUCGGUUCUUUGUUUAGCUUUUCUCUUAAUUAUGUCUAGGUUAAGUCACACCAGUUCACACAUCACAUCACUCACAUUAAUGUCUACAUAUUAAUGUCAGUCACUUGACACCUUCAGGUGGAAAAGAAGGCCCCAAAGUUAAAUUACCUUUACAUUUUCCCUUUUAAUUAGAUCUUUCAAAGGAGGUUUUGAACAUGUUGUAUUAUUUACACUGGA